AUGAGUGCCACACCCCCUGACGAUCAUAAACGCAAACAUUCAGAAGUAGAAAUGUUGCUGAGUACUGAUUCUAUUGUUAAAUCCAAACGUUUUCGUUCAUCUUCACCAUUAAAUUGUUUCUUUACUGCUUUAAAUGAUCUAGUUCAAUAUCAUCGUGAUAAAGUGCAUGAAAUUGUUGAUUUCCAACGUGGACAUGACGUGUCUGCUCAAUUGACAGAAGAUGAACAAAGUUUUUUCCAAACAGAAGAGGAUUAUAUGAAAGAUGUACAAUUUACAAUUAAAGCAACACAAAAUACGCUGAAUCAUAGCUUGAAUAAACCUUCAGCUCGAACCAUUGUUCCGUUGUUUUCCGGUAAACGUCAGCGUGGACAAGUGUCGACACGUCUAGCGCUAAAUCGAACUCAGUCAUCAUCACAUGAUCAACAUCCAACAUCGACUCGUGUUGAACAUGAAACAGACAUACUAAAACGAGUUGAAAAAUUAAAAUCCGAUGGUAAAUGGCUAGGUGAAAAACGUUUAACAAAAUCUAAUGAACAUCAAAAACGUAAAACACAUUGGGAUUAUUUAUUAGACGAAAUGCAAUGGUUAUCAGAAGAUUUUCAGCGUGAAAAAAAAUGGAAACAGUUGAUGGCUAAAAAAUUAUCACAAGGUGUUUUAAGAUAUUUUAAAGAUAAAACUCAACAUCAAGAUCAAAAAUCGAAAGAAGAAGAAAAACGAAAACGAAAAACACAUCAAUUUAUUUGUAAGGAAGUAAUGAACUUUUGGAAAAAUAUACAGAAGAUUGCUGAAUAUAAAGAAUCGACUCGUUCAAAAGAGAUUCGUCGUCAUGCAUUAGAUUUGCAUCUAAAUUUUAUUGUUGAUCAAACAGAAAAAUAUUCAAAUUGGCUCCUUGAAUCAUUAAAAACAGAUCCGAUUGAAGAAGAAUCAAAAAUAACGUCGGAGAGUCCCGUCUGCGAGAAAACAACAACAGAAUCUCCGUUAAGGAAUGACAUUGAUAAUAAAACGCCAACAGAGCGUUCAUCAUACACAACUCGUUUGAGAUCAGCACGACACAUUAGUGAUAAUAGUAAUAAAGAAAUUGUUCAAAAAAUUAAACCUGAAGCAAUCGAAACUAAAAUGGAUGAUGAUGAUAAAGAAUUUGAAUGGGAUGAAACGGAAGAAGAUGACAAUGAACAAACAAUUGAGGAAGAAGAACAAAUGGAAACGUCUGAACAUGGUGAAGCAAUUAACGAAUUAGAUUUAUUAGAAAAAGAUCAAGAAGAAUCAAUUGAAAGUUUACUAAAAAAAUAUUAUGGAAUUGAUGUUAAUGCCGAGCAAUCAAAUUCAUCAAGUGAAAAAGAAAAUAUUGAUAUUGCAACAACAUCGUCUAGUCAAAAUUAUUUUGAAAAUAUACAACACAAAGUAGAGAAUGAGGAGAAUGAAAAUAGUGCUCAUACAACAAAUGCAAAUGUUGUGGAACUAAAUAAAGAAGAAUCGCUCGACGAGGAUAAAACAAAUAAAGAAAUGAAUGAUAUGGCAUUGACAGCACAAGGUUUACAACCGACUGGAUUUACACUUACAACGACAAACGUUAAAACUCCAAUUCCAUUCUUAAUAAAACAUUCGCUACGUGAAUAUCAACAUGUCGGAUUAGACUGGUUGGUUACAUUAUAUGAAAACAAAUUGAAUGGCAUAUUAGCUGAUGAAAUGGGCUUAGGAAAAACAAUUCAAACGAUAGCAUUACUAGCUCAUUUAGCUUGUGAAAAAGGCGUAUGGGGUCCGCAUUUGAUUGUUGUUCCGACAUCUGUCAUGUUGAACUGGGAAUUAGAAUGUAAAAAAUGGUGUCCAUCAUUUAAAAUCUUGACGUAUUAUGGCAGUGUAAAAGAACGUAAAGAAAAACGUAAAGGUUGGACACGUGUAAAUGCGUUUCAUAUCUGUAUAACAUCAUAUAAAUUAGUAUUGCAAGAUUCAGUUGCAUUUCGUCGUAAAAAAUGGAAAUAUUUGAUACUAGAUGAGGCACAAAAUAUAAAAAAUUUCAAAUCACAACGUUGGCAAAUAUUAUUGAAUUUUCAUAGUCAACGUCGUCUAUUACUGACUGGUACACCGUUACAAAAUUCAUUAAUGGAAUUAUGGUCACUUAUGCAUUUUCUUAUGCCAAAUUUAUUUGCCUCUCAUCAUGAAUUUCGUGAAUGGUUUUCAAAUCCAUUAACAGAAAUGAUUGAACAUGGUCAAGAACAAAAUGAUGCAUUAAUCAAACGUUUACAUAAAGUAUUACGUCCAUUUCUAUUACGUCGUUUAAAAGUAGAUGUUGAAAAACAAAUGCCAAAAAAAUAUGAACAUUUAAUAUUAUGUAAAUUAUCUAAACGUCAACGUUUUUUGUACGAUGAUUUUAUUGAAUGUAAAUCGACAAAAGAUGUUUUAACACAAGGACAUUACAUGUCUGUUAUAAAUAUAUUAAUGCAAUUACGAAAAGUAUGCAAUCAUCCCGAUUUAUUUGAACAACGACAAGUACAUUCACCUUAUUCAUUACAAUUAAAUACAUUACAAAUAAAUAUGCCUAAACUUGUUACGAAUGAUGUUCAAUUGAAAAAUCCUAUAUUGACAUUUAAUAAUUCACUUAAUAAUGUAUUUUUAUGUUGUCGAGUUAAAUAUACAUUACAAGCAACAAAACAAGCAAUUCAAAGUACAAUUAAUCAAUCAUCAAUUGUAAAAAACAAUUUGACAUUGAUGAAUAUGGCAGUAGAUAAGAAGAAUUUGAAUUUGGACGAUUUUAUCGAUGAAGAAUUUCAACCAGAAAAAAUAUAUUUUAAUAUCGUUAAACAACGUCAACAAAAUCGUUUUAGACAGUUAAAUUUAAUGUGUAAUUUAAAUGUUGAUCGUUGUUCAUUUAUGCCCGUAUAUGGUCAAGAUAUGAUUGAACAAGUUCAAUUAGUUAUGAAACAAUGUCGUUUUAAACAUUCAUAUCGUUCAUGGUUGCAUGAUGGUUAUUCAUUUUGUUACGAUCUUCAGUGUUCAUCAUUGAAGAAAGAUUACUUUUUACACACAAAUUGUUUAAAAUCCAUGUUAAAAUCCAAUAAACAGUUACUAGAUGAAUAUUCUUCAAUAUUAAAUAGAUUUAUAUUGUGUACAACUCGUGUAUUAAGUCAACCAAUUGAAUUAUGUUCAUCCGGUUAUUCUCUUUAUAAAUAUGAUGAAUUAAGACGUCCAUUGAUUGAGGUAAUAUCAUCGACGAAUUUCGAUAUAUUAUCUCCUUUAAGUCAAAUAAAACAGAAUAUGCUCUUACAAUUUCCUGAACGUCGUUUAAUUCAAUAUGAUUGUGGAAAAUUACAAGCACUUGAUAAAUUAUUAUCAACAUUAAAACAUGGUAAACAUCGAUGCUUGAUAUUUACACAAAUGACAAAAAUGUUAGAUAUAUUAGAAUUAUUUUUGAAUCAUCAUGGUCAUACAUAUUUGAGAUUAGAUGGCACAACUCAAAUAGUACAACGACAACAAUUAAUGGAAAGAUUUAAUUCUGAUGAAAAAGUAUUUUGUUUUAUUUUAUCAACACGAUCGGGUGGAAUUGGUGUUAAUUUAACAGGAGCUGAUACUGUGAUAUUUUAUGAUUCUGAUUGGAAUCCAACUAUGGAUGCACAAGCUCAAGAUAGAUGUCAUCGAAUUGGACAAACUAAAGAUGUACAUAUUUAUAGAUUGAUAAGUGAAAAUACUGUAGAACAAAAUAUAUUAAAAAAAGCUCAACAGAAACGUUUACUAGGUGAUUUGGCUAUUGAAGGUGGAUGUUUUGAUGUGCAAUAUUUCAAAAAGAAUAAUAUUCGUGAUUUAUUUGAUCAAUCGAUAUCACUCGAUGAGAUUGUGCGAGAACGUAAUGAAUAUCAACAACAAAUGGAAAUAAAUCGUGUAACAACAUCAGAAAAUAACUUAACUUUAACGCAAAUUGAAGAAGCACUAGCAUCAGCUGAAGAUGAAACAGAUCGUAAUGCAACAGAACAAUUGAAUAAUGAAGUUGAUGCAGAUAGAAAUGAAUUUGAUAAUGAAGAUAAUGUUGGUGCAACGAAUGAAGAUCAAUUAUUUGAAAGACAGAAACAACAAAUGGAUAAAGUUGAACAAGAAUUAAAAAUAAUUGAUGAACAGCUUAAACCAAUCGAACGUUAUGCACUAAAAUUUGUAGAAAUACAUCGUGGAAAUGAAUCAUCAUUAUCGUUGGAUCAAGUAAACCAAGGAACGCAAUUGAAUCAUUUUGAUAGCGAACAAAUUCGUAAAGAAUGGCAUUUAUCACGUUUGAAAGCAUUAAAAGAAGAAGAAGAAAAAUUUCGUGAAAUGGAAGAAGAUGAGAUAAUGUAUGUUGAUGUUCAUGAUAACGAUCGAAAAGUAAAAUAUGCUUACACAUAUUCGAGUGCACAAAAUAGUCUCGUAGCAUCAGAACUUGCUAAACAUGAAAAAACAAAUCCUAAUCCAGAUACGAGUAGUGCUCUUCUUACGUCACCUAUACCACAAAAAGUAAAACAAAAACGUUCUAAAAUUACUAAACAACAAUCAAAUUAUGACAAUGCUAGUAGUAACAAGAAUAAACGUCGUGGGAGACCGCCAAAAUUUAUGGGCACGAAUUUAAUAGAAUCUCCACCUACUCCUCCCGUUAACACAAUUCAGUCACCACUUCAUCCGGCUGUUAUUCGUCGUCCUCAAAUUAAUCCGGAACAUGCACGAGUGCCACCUAUAAUAAUGCCAGUAAGAAAUCACAAUCAAAAUUAUGAUGAAUGUACAGAAACAGUAGCUGUGAAUGAUGAAGAAGAUGAUAGUAAUGGUUCAUCUGAUAUAUUUUAUUCUAAAUCAAAGACAACAUUAUCAUCGAUAAAUAGACGUCCAAUACCGUCUAAUACAACAAUUGUCUCUUUACCACAACAACAAACUUCUCUUCCACUGACAAUAACUAAUUCUACACCACAGUUAAGUAAUAACGGCAAUACAAUAUGGAUUUUGAAUACUGCACCUACACUUAAUCAACAAAUGGUCGUCUCAUUAAUAAAUAAUUUUUAUCAACAACCACAGACGGCAUCUCGAUCCGUAGUUAUCAAUACUCAACAACAACAGCAGCCAACAAUUACAAAUCUAAUAACACAACAACCGACUAUUAAUUCUCCUCGUCCUAUUCGAAUUUCAACAGCACCAAUCUACAGACAACAACAACAACGUCCAAUAAUAAAAACAGUACAAUCAAGAAUAUUUGAUCAUCAUCCGCAAUCUCAACCGAUUAUAAGAGUACCAAGUGCAGGCACUGUCUAUCAUGCUUCAUCAUCAGCUACAAGUAUGGUAAGAAAUUUAUCAACUUCAGUACAACAACCACAAUCUGUAUCAUCAUCGUCUUGUCCAUCAACCUCGAAUACAUUGAUUUAUCAAAUAUCAAGCGGUUGUGUGAUACAAAAGAAAUAA